GAGCACUCAAAAUCGAGACACUACUACAGCAGAGCUCUUGCAUCCAUCUGAGAUGAUUGGUGGUUCCUCUUCAAGCACGGCCUUAGAGCGCAAGGACCAGCGGUAUUCGAUUGUUCACGUCGGACACAGUGUCGACGCUAGAGAAAGAUCACGUCAAGCGAGACAACCACGAACGCUAUUGCGUGACGGGAAGACAAGCGUGUCUCCCAACGCUGCGUCACCAAAGCGCAGACGUCGUGAACGGCAGAUGAAAAGGCAGGACCAUAAGCCAGAUGGUAGUCCUGGAGGGAGGAGAGACUGGCACCAGGGCGCCAACGCAGGUGAGGAGUCCAUUAAAGGAGACGGUAGGAGCGAUUGCUCCGAAGAUGAAAGUGCCCACGAAUCUGCAGGUAGUUGCAAGGAGGAAGAGGAGCUGGCUGCCCAUGAUGAUACCCAGAUGGGCAAGAAGCUGUCGUUCGCUCAGCAAAAAAAGAGGCGCAAGAAGACUUGGAAUCUGCCAUUUCGUCCGCACUUUACCGAGGCAGGCUGGUCUCCGACACGACAUGCGCAUGAGUGCAGCGAGGGCGAAGAGGCUAUGGAUCAUCGCCAUUUGAGCGAUACGGAGGGCCAAGCAGUGAAGGGUAGGCAGGUUAUGCUCGGUCCGCGCGAUGAGCGGAGAAACGGCUUAGAAGCACACUCACAAAUGUCCCCGACGCCUUCUCCACAUGCCUACAGUAAGUUGGUUGGGGCUGCAUCUGCAGUGCCGCCAGUAAUCAUCAACACUGUAACAAAUCCAGCUGAACCCCCGACGCAGCAAACAGAACCAGUGCGCAUGUUGAUACGGGGCCAAACAGUGCCAGGUGGCGCGGAGUACGCAAUUCCAACCGCUGAUUGUAAUGUUCCAAAG